AUGCUGGUGCUAGUAUCCUAUCCAUCGACAACAACCCCAACGCCCUCUUUGCCAAUGAAGGGUCUGUUUGCUCUUGUCCAAGCGGCCUUGGUAGCAGUGGCCACCGCGGCCGCUGCUCAUAAUGCGGCCGCGGAGGAGUGCGCUGGCUACAAUGCCUCCGACGUCAGGAUGUAUACGCACGGCGGCACGGCCGACUUGAGGCUCGCGGGCAAGGCCUGCAACGCCUCUGGCCAUGACCUCGAGCCUCUCAAGCUCAUCGUGAGCUACGACACUGGCAAGCCCACCAAAUACCCGUGGUCAUCUACCUGGUGCCCGCCCUCGGCCGGCGCGGACCGUCCCUCCUCGGUCCUCCGCUUCGACGACCGCGACUGCCAUUUUCCUUUGACGAGUUGCUGCGCCGCAACCGAACAAGUGCUAUUCCACUUUUCCGCCCCCCUCGUGUUCGAUUCGCAGGUUCUGCGCCUGCUCACCGCGCCGAACCUGUACGGGCCUCGGCGAGCACACAGCAUGCGACGCCCGACGACGACGGCCGAGGUCCGCCAGCAGGACUUUGAGCUGCGGCUGGUGCUCGACGAGGAGGCCUAUGCCUGGACGACGGGGAAGGCGGCGGACCAGAACGGCCAGACGACGCUCAUUCCUUUUUCUUUCAAGGACGGCGUGUUGACGACCAACGACACCUUUGGCUACGUAACCAAGAGCUCUAUUUGCAAGGUCCUAGUGCUGGGUGGUGACAACAAGGGCUCCGCGGCGAACGCCAAGACGAGCAGCUCGAGGGACGCGGCCAAGCUCCUGGGCGAAAUUUAG